AUGCCGUCCAUGUUCACCGAGGUUCCCCACGACAUGACGGCUCAGAGAGGUCAGGACGUGGAGAUGGCCUGCUCCUUCAGAGGAGCCGGCACGCCGUCCUAUUCCCUGGAGAUUCAGUGGUGGUACAUCAGGAACCAUCUGGACUGGACGGACAGGCAGCCCUGGACCACCAAUGAAGUGGCCCCAGAAGAGGAGAUGCCAAAAGAUGCUACAAAGAUAAGUGUGGUGAAAGUUGUAGGAAGCAACAUCUCUCACAAACUCCGUCUCUCCCGGGUGAAGCCGUCCGACGAGGGCACCUACGAGUGCCGCGUGAUCGACUUCAGCGACGACGCCGGCGCCCGCCACCACCGCGUCAGGGCCUACCUGCAGGUGGUGCCGGAGAGCGACGUGGCGGACAACGGCCACAACGACAACUUCGAGGCCCUGGACGACACCAAGAGGGUGCUGGGCUUCGAUGACCGCGAGUCCCAUCACGCCGGCGGCAAGGAGCACAGUCACGGCCACCACGGGCAGAACCACGCCCACCACCAGGAGCACGCCAAGCGGCCCCCGUCGUCCCCCCACCACGCUCACAGCCACAGCGGCGGCGCCGCUCAGCAGCACAAGGGGGGCAGAGAGCUGAGGAAGAGGGACGUGGACAGUAACCACAGCCACAAUGACUGCUCCAACGAGCCCAGCUGCACGCUGUAG